AUGGAUUAUAACGACCCCAACCACCUUCUCGCGGCAGCAAAGAAGCUUCGAACCGAUUUUCUUCAACAAGUUCGGAAAAGCUCAGUCUCUGAUCAGCAGGCAGCAACACUCCGAGAUGACCCUGUAAAGGGGCCUCGGUGGGUUGCAAAGUUUACAGUCCUAAAGCCGAUGGAGGAUACAUCUCGCGAGCUACUCCUAGCUCUGGUGGAUGAGUUGAACGAUCAGAAUAUUUUCUAUGAUCGUCCAGACAGUCAAGCCCUCCAAUUUGAAUGGGUUGGAUACCGCCAUAAUGUUGACAAGAACAUGCCUGAGCCUUUGAUCUCUGAGAGCGAGAAAUUCCAGCGACUCGAUGCGGAAACAAAACAUCCUGCGGUCAUUUUCUAUAUCUACGGUGGAACAUUUGUUCUAAAUACCCCAUCCUGCUACCGCCGGACUACAGGUUUCCUGGCUAAAGAGACGGGUUCAAAGGUCUUGAUGGUACAUCAGCGGCUAGCACCACAAAAUCCCUUUCCGGCAGCCUUGCUCGAUGUAUUUCAAGCCUAUUUAACUUUGCUCGCUCCUCCCCCUGGUGCUCUUCACAAGGCCGUUUCACCCGCUUCAAUCGUGAUUGCUGGGGACAGCUCAGGCACAUGCCUUGCGUUUGGGCUAUUGCAGGUGCUGCUGAGGCUCCAGCGGUCGAAGAGAACAAUCGUUUUUUACGGGCAGAGGAUCGAGCCCACCGUCCCUGCGGGCCUGGCACUAGUCAGUCCAAUAGCCGACCAAACGGGCUGUCUUCCUUCUUAUGAGCUGAAUGUCAAGACUGAUAUACAUCCGGUCCCGAUGGAAAAUCUCCACUAUAAUCAGCCCGAUUUUCCUACGUGCGCACUUUGGCCUACGCGACCUCCCCGCUCAAAUCUUUACUGUGACGGCGCUCUGCUAGCUCACCCUCUGGUGAGCCCAGUUGCUUCCGAAGACUGGACGGGCUCAUGUCCCAUCUGGAUGGCCUCUGGCGAAGAACAAGCCACUGAUACGGCGCGGCUGAUUGUGCAAUUGGCUAAUGCUCAGGGGGUCUCAAUUACCUACGAUGUGUACGAGAAAAUGCCACAUACCUUUUACUUUUACUAUCGUCAGGCACCGCAGACAGCAAAGAUUAUGACCGAGUGGGCACAGGCCAUUUUCCGGUUCACUGGCGGCAAUCGGCCCGCCUCCUGUGUUCGUUAUAUUCGAGCGAAGGGGUUAGUUGCCGAGCCACAAGAAAUGAACCGAGCAGUGCCUUUUACGGUCGGCGAAGUGCGUGAGCUCAUGUUGGAGAAAACCCGAAAAAUGAAGGUCCCGCCCUUUCAUCGUGAUCCCCGGUCAAUGAUAUAG